UUUCCCAUCACCCACCAAGAAACAGAAACUUGGCGAAUUACAAUGAAAAAAUGUGUUUAAAUCCAACAGAAGCAGAUAAUUCAAAUAAUGCCAGAAACUUCUACUGUGAAUUUAUAAAUGACACCAUGAAAUUUCCCUUUGGUAAUAACAGUUCCUUAGAGAACAAAGUCCAGUUCUUUGAAAAUCGUGUCAACAAUUACCUUCACAGUGUCAAAGCACAGGAGGAACGUUUAUCAGCUGUAACUUUUGCUCUGGAAUUUCUAGGCUCAAAUGCAGCAAAAAGAGCUCUUGAAAAUCCAAGGGAAGGAGUACAAACUGCUGGUAAUGGCUCAAUAGUAAUCCAAACAAAUCUUAUAAAUGAAGAAUCAAUUUCUGAAAACAAAGUGGUCAUUUUAGAAGCCCAAGAGGACCAAAUGACUAUAUAUCCCAAAGCAGUAACCAACAAUUCCAUCAAAGGCCCUAUUGCUGUGGCUUUUAUAUCAUACAGUGGGCUGGGAUCAUUUCAAGCAGAAGGGAUUUUCUUGCAAGAUGACACUCUGUCAAACAAUGAAGUGCUGGAAGACAUUCAUGUGAACUCCAGGGUAGUCAGCGUUUCCACCAGCAAUACGAUGAGGAAUGUUUCCAGCCCUGUCAACCUCACUUUUCAGCAUCUUGAGGCUAAUAAAGAUCUACAGAAAAAAGUUAUUUGUGUCCAUUGGGAUUCUGCAAGGAGCAGUGACACCUGGUCCUCUGCGGGCUGUCAUUAUCUAUAUUCUAAUGCCACUCAUACAAAGUGCAGCUGUCAGUACCUGUCCAAUUUUGCUGUGUUGAUGGCCACUACUCCUAUCCAGGAAAGUCUAAUACUCUACAUUAUUACCUACAUCGGCUUGAUCUCCUCAGUCAUCUGCCUCUUCCUCUCUAUUGUCACAUUUCUCAUUUGCCAUUCCGUCCAGAACAACAACACAUUUAUUCACAUACAGCUGUGCCUGUGUCUCUUCUUGGCUGACCUCCUCUACAUAUUUGGAAUACAGAAAACAGACAACAAGAUCCUGUGCUCUGUCAUAGCUGGAAUCCUGCACUAUCUUUUCCUGGCUUGUUUUGUGUGGAUGUUCUUGGAAGGUGUGCAUCUCUACCUCAUUGUCAGGAAUCUGAAAGUUGUCAAUUACAAGGGUGCCAGAAAGCAAAUGAAGAUAUCUAUGUACUUUUGUGGCUAUGGGCUUCCUGCCGUGAUAGUUGCCAUUUCUGCAGCAACUUUCCCUGGGGGCUAUGGAACUCGUAAACUUUGCUGGCUUACAUUUGAAAAAGGUUUUGUCUGGAGCUUCACGGGACCUGUCUGUGCCAUAAUUGCCAUCAACUUGGUACUUCUCUGCCUGAUUCUGACAAAUUUGUAUCAAAAAUUUGCAUCUCUCAAUAAAGAAGUAUCCACCUUCAGAAAUACCAGGGCACUGAUACUUAAGGCUUUAGCCCAUGUGUUCAUCCUGGGUGUGUCGUGGUGCCUAGGUCUCUUCCUGUAUGGUCCACUGGCUACUGUUAUGGCUUACCUGUUCACAAUCACCAAUAGUGUUCAGGGGAUCGUCAUCUUUCUUGUUCACUGCUUGUUCAACAAAAAGGUAAGAGAAACAUACCUGCGCUGGAUUUGCUGUGGCAAAAAAAUCAAGCCUCCUGUUUCUGAAAUGACUCUGUCUUCUGUUCCUGUUGCCAAUCCUAUGAAAUGUCAACAAAUCAGUAGUUCAACGCAGCAACAGUCGGUGGAAUGGGGCAGCAGACCUUGAUGCAUUUUUUCUCCACAUCAUUCAUCUCAUGGCCAAAUAGA